CUCGUGACACUUAAGAGUGGAAAAAUCUGAGACGAGUGUUUCGUUAGGAGCUUCUUCUACCACCAGCAAGUCCUUCCAGAAAAGAAAAAAAAUAUCCAUAGCCAUACCUCCACAACCAAGCUCUUCGCCUAUCAAUUUCUUCCAUCCCCCAUCUUCCAUUUCUCCUUCCCUCAUCCUCCAAAUCCAAUCCCCCACUACACACAUGGCCUCAAUUUUCUUCUCACCUUCUCUUUCCUCUGCUUCCCCUCUCUCAACGCCUUCCUUUCAACCUCGCUCCCACCUCCACUUACAACCCCGUUCGUGUCGAUUUGGUGUUAGAUGUAGUUAUGUGGACGCGGGAGUGAGGGAUGAUUAUGCGCCAAAUACUAUAGAUGUUGUUGCGGAUGUUAAGAGUGAGAAGGUUGUGGUUUUAGGAGGUAGCGGGUUUGUUGGUUCUGCUAUAUGUAAGGCGGCAAUAUCCAAGGGGAUCGAAGUGGUUAGUGUGAGCAGGUCAGGGCGUCCAAGUAAUACAAGUUCAUGGGUUGAUCAAGUUACUUGGGUUCCAGGAGAUGUUUUCUACCUCAACUGGGACGACGUACUUGUUGGGGCUACGGCAGUGGUCUCAACAAUUGGAGGUUUUGGCAGUGAGGAGCAGAUGAAAAGAAUUAAUGGUGAUGCCAAUAUUGCGGCUGUCAAUGCAGCAUAUGAUUUUGGGAUUCCCAAAUUCGUCUUAAUAUCAGUCCAUGAUUACAAUCUGCCUUCAUUUCUACUCUCAUCUUCAUACUUCACUGGAAAGAGGCAAGCAGAGUCUGAGGUCCUCUCCAAAUUUCCAAGAUCUGGCGUUGUACUUAGACCCGCUUUCAUUUAUGGAAAAAGAAGGGUGGAUGGUUUUGAGAUUCCCUUGGAUUUGGUUGGAGAACCAGUGGAAAAGUUUCUGUCUGUCUUUGGAAACUUCAUCAAACCUUUAAGUUCCGUUCCUGCUUCCGACAUUUUUCUUGCUCCCCCCGUCAGUGUGGACGAUUUAGCACUUGCUACCAUCAAUGCAAUCACGGACGACGAUGUUUUUGGUGUUUUCACAAUUGAACAGAUCAAGGAAGCUGCAGCAAAAGUGAGAGCGUGACAUAAUCAUCUCUCAGUCUCUGCUGAACAAACACAGCAUCUCUCAUGGUUUGGGCAAUAUCAUAAUGAAAAUUAGCUUCUUUAGUCAUAGUUAUCCGAUGACCGACCUAUUUUAUAUUACACUCAAAACGUUCUUCUCUAUUGCUAUAGUUUCAUAUAUUGAAAUAUAUCUUACCAAAAUUAUAUGCUUUAGUAUUAUAUAUUAUCUCUUACAGGGCUCGUGAACAUACAGAAAUGUGGACUGGAAUUUUUCCAAAGGAUGGUUGGAUGAAUCGAACAUCUUAUCUUAAUACUGUUUAGGUAAAAACAUUGAUUCUCUGUUUUUUA